AGUCGCUGCUGUGUCUGCUGUCUUUGCAGAGGAAUGUCGCUGCUAUAUCUCCGUCGGGAUGGAGGUGUGACAGAUGUUUUGGGAUAGAAGAUGUCCGGGCUGCAGUGUCGUAUCUUAAUAAAUAACCAUGAUGCUCAAAACAACAUGGUAGUUACCUCCACCUCAGACUGGCAAGCAAGCACCUCUAGUUGGAUUUAAAAAAAAAAAGAAGCGCUGCUCAAUAUCCGGUGGUUAAUCGUCGUAUUUGCUCCAAAGCAUGGACCCUUAACUCAUCCACUAGAAAAUCGGUGUUCCACUACUUCAAGUUGUGAUUUUUACUCCACUACCCCGUGUCACUGUGCAAGCGUCCAAAGCGUAGUCCAAAAUGUUUUCAGCGCUUAAGAAGCUGGUGGGAUCGGAGCCAGGCCAGCUCAGGGACAAGAACAUCCCGGCUGGCAUGCAGUCCAUGAACCAAAGCCUGCAGAGACGCUUUGCCAAGGGGGUUCAGUAUAACAUGAAAAUAGUCAUCCGGGGUGACCGAAACACCGGGAAGAGUACUUUAUGGCAUCGACUGCAGGGCAAGAAGUUUGUGGAAGAGUACCUUCCCACUCAGGAGAUCCAAGCCACAAGUAUCCAUUGGAACUACAAGACGACGGAUGAUGUGGUCAAAGUAGAGGUGUGGGACGUGGUAGACAAAGGCCAAAAAUAUCCUCUUCCUGAAGGUGUAGGCAAAGGCAAACGGCGUGGAGACAACUUGAAACUGGAGAAUGAGCCCCAAGAGUCGGACGAGGUGGCCCUGGAUGCAGAGUUCCUGGACGUGUACAAGAACUGUAAUGGAGUCAUCAUGAUGUUUGAUAUAACCAAGCAGUGGACUUUUAACUACAUACUGAGGGAACUUCCCAAAGUCCCGACCCAUGUGCCGGUUUGUGUGUUGGGAAACUUCAGGGACAUGGGCGAGCAUCGCGUCAUCCUCCCUGACGAUAUUAGAGACCUGAUUGCUGGACUUAACAGACCAAUGGGAUCGUCUUACAUCCACUACGCUGAGUCCUCAAUGAAGAACGGGUUUGGCUUGAAAUAUCUACACAGGUUUUUCAACAUCCCCUUCCUUCAGCUACAGAGAGAGACGCUACUGAGACAGCUGGAAACCAACCAGCUCGACAUGGAUGCAACGCUGGAGGAGCUGUGUGUCCAGCAGGAGACUGAAGAUCAAAACUAUGACAUUUUCCUGGAGAACUUGGAGUCUCGCAAGGGCUACGGCUCACCUGGUCCAGCCAACGGUCAGAGCCCCUCCUCGGGCUCCCAGUCCCCAAUCGUCCCUCCCAGUGGGGCUUCCACUGGCAGCUCCAGCCCCAGCACCCCACAGCCCCCGAUUCUCUCCCAGGUUAUUCCACAGUCCCCGUCCGUGUCCGCUUCAUCCCCUCCGCCGUCUUCCACAGCAGUGAGUGGAGCGGCUUCACCCGUUGUUGAGUCAAAGCUUCCAGCCCAGUCGCCCGAACACCUUCAGUCCUCGGCUGCACCUGGAGCCGCAGCCCCCCAGAAACGCGGCUUCAUGUCCCGCUGGUUUGGCCCGACCCCGGCUGCUGAAAAUUCUGCUUCUGCCCCAGAGGAGCCGUCUGCACCGGUCUGUCCUUCCAAGGUUCAGAGUGUGGAUGAUUUUGUGCCAGAUGAGAGGCUGGAUAAAAGCUUCUUGGAGGACAGCCUGCCCUCCAGGAACAAGGCGUCUCAGCCUGCGACGGCUCAUGCUGUGGACAGCGACAGCGAUGGUGAAGGCCGAGGAAACCCCAUGGUGUCUGGAUUCCAGGAUGAGCUGGAUCUGGACGACACUGAGCCCAGCCUUCCCCAACCUAAGACGCUUCCCCCCAGUAAAGAUAUCACUCUGACCAGUGAUGAAGAGGAGGGAGUAACAGCAGCCCUGACCAUCACACAGGACCAAGACCUGGACAGUGAACCUGAUCUUAAGGCGUCUGUGAUCCACAUCACAAAGCCAAAGGUGGCUUCCAAACCCCCAGAGCCCCGAGGCCAGACGGCAGCACCCAUAUCCCUCACCUUGACUCCUGCAGCAGAGCAGCCGACACGACACCAGGGCAAGAAAAAAGGAGGCACCCCAAAAGCCGAGGACUCUGAUACAGACCACGAGGCUCCUGUGGCCCAGCAGAUGCUCUCGUUUGUCAUGGACGACCCCGACUUUGAGUCCGAAGCAUCAGAUACACCCAAAAUAGUAAAGGAUAUAUUUCCUGUCAGAGAUGAGCUCCUGUCCGACCUCUCUGACGACGACUUGCAGUUGGCCAAGGCGCCUGAACCUCUGAAGCCCACCGUGAUCUCCUUCAAACACAAGGAUGAUACCGACCUGUUCGGCCUCGGAAUCCACGAGGAGGCUCCUGUCGCCAAAGACAGCAGCGAGGAGCAGGAAGAGAAAGAAAGCAAACACUCCUCCAAAGACAAGAAGAAGAAGAAGAAGAAGAGCAAAGAGGAGGAUGAGAAGAGCAAAAAGAAACACAAACACAAGAAAAAGGAAGAAGCUGCAGCCGUGGACGACAAGGAGAAGAAGAAGAAGAAAUCCCGGCCCAAGAAAACCGAAGUGGACGAGCUGGAGGACUUUCUGGGUGGAGGAGCGGGCUCCAUCAAAAGAGAUGACGGUGACUAUGAAGAACUAUAAGAGCUUCCAUUUUUAUGAGGUCAGAUGAGCCGCGGAACAGCAGCGAUGUGCGGGGUCGUUAAAAAAAAGUAUGUGCAUAGAGCAGCAUCUUCAAGCCAUACGCAAUACACACGGCUUCUGAUGACACCGAGGUCUAAUACCCAACGACUCUGGUACCUGUUUGUUUCUUCUAAGUGAUUUCCCAUCUUCACUACCACUAUCACUCCAUUCCAGCCAAUGAGAAACAGGUGGGAGAUUCACGAGUACCAUAGUGAGUCCUGACAUUAAACCCUGAUGAUUGGCGCGUCCACAAAUUGGCUCUUUGUACUCCUGACACGGCUGACUUGUUUUUUCUAAUGCGUCCUUUGAUUUGAUCCACCCUGUAAGUGAUCCACUCCGAAUCGGCUGCUGUAAAUAGGGUUAACCUUUUUGUCUGAGUAUCUUGUUUGUUUGGUGUAAUGAUGGAGAGCAUGCUUAAAGUGACGACUGACUUCUUAGAGACUCCACAGUGUUCUGUCUUUUCCUCUUUUCUUGUUGGCUCCAGCGGUGAAUGGCAGACUUACUCUUUUGUCUCUUAUGAUGCGCUCUGAACCGAUUUAAGAUUCUUUUACCCGUCACCAAAAUGGAAAUAACUUUUUCCCCCCUCAGAUUGUGUCCACACUGAGCAGCAUGGAUCAGACUUUGAAAAAAAAAGGUUGUGUGGAAAAGUUAGCGACAGCUAGUGUUGUAGUCUGAGAAAUCAGUCCUGGUCUCAAUACCACCAUUUGUAGGUCUGGACUCGGUCUCAGACUGGGUGGACUCCGGAUUUUAAAUCAAGACCACAACUAACAGACUAUUUUUCCAUGUCAUUACUGUGAUUAGAAGGAAAAAAACGCUCCCUUCUAAAUGAAUGAUUAUUUUGUAAUCCUUAACAGUGAAACAGUAAACAGUAAACCUUAACAGUGUUACUGUCUAAGUGACUGGCACGCCUUCUAGAUGACGCUAGAUGAUGAUUUUUCAUUGAUACUUAAGGUCUUGGUCUCAAUCCCUAAUUGUCUUGGUCUCGGUUAUUGUGGUCUUGACUUCAACACUAGCAGCAGCACAGCUGGCAGUUAAUCAACUCGUCUCUGAGUGACACUAAAUUAAGAAGUAAAACGGCUUUAUUCAAUGUUUUUACCAUUUUCAAAUCCCAGGUCUGUGUGAAGCAGAGGACACUUCUUCAGAUAACUUAGCUUCUAUUAAAACUGCUUACUGAUGAGCAAGAAAAAGAGGAAUUUUAAACUAAUUAAAAAGAAGAUAACUCAGAAACAAACGAGCAGCAGGCAGUGCUGAUUGUGUCCGCUGAGGAAGAGAGUCAGAGAAGGACUGAUUUUGUGAUACUAAAGAUAACGAUUUGCAAACACAGCCUGGAAACAAAACUACGCAAGAGAUACUACUGAUAAAAUGCACGUCGACUUUGUGUCUGCUAAGCAGAUGAUUUGAAUCAUCCGCUCUUAGGGGUCGGCCAUAACUCUUUUCAGUACAAGGAGAAUUCUAAGUUAAACCAGCUGAAAUGUAAAAACUUGAAUGUCGUUUUCAAAGCAUUUUAAAAACCAGUUGAACCAUUGCGGACACAGUCUUGGUGGGAAAUUGAUAUUAGCCAUUAACUCCGUAUUGGCUUUGGCCCCCUCCUUUAUAAAAAAAAGCUAACCCUCCUGCCCUCUUAUCGUUCAUUUUAAGAGCGCCUCUCUCUGCCUGUAGGCUCCACACAUUUUGUCUUCAUGUUCUCUGCUAUUGCCUUAACAGAGGUCACUACAAGGGAAUGAUGUGCCGCUGUCCUCGUAAACCAUUUUUUAAGUGUUCUUACUGUGACGUGUUAGCUAGCUCAGUGCGGGGUUCAGGUUGUCGUUAGCCUUUCUAGUGGUGGUCCUUAAAGCCUGUUUUCAGACUGCAGUGAAUCAGUGCAAUGGUUUGUUGUUUUUCUUCUACUCUUGUUGGACAGCCAAAAGAGCACUGGUUCUCAACUGGUGGGUCAGGACCUAAUAGUGGGUCGCAGAGCUGUUUUCAGUGGGUCGCGAAUGUGUCAAAAAGUCUACAAAGCGCUGUUUUAAUCAGAGCCCGACCGAUGAAUCGGCCCGCCGAUAAUAUUGAAUGAUAUUAGCAUAUCAAGUGACUAUCGUAUCAGCUAAUUUUAUCUAAAAAACGUGCCGAUAUUACUAGAUUUAUUCCCCUGUCAAAUAUCGUUUCAUUUGAGUUUCAUUAUAUUACACUAGCAGUUCUCUGUCACCAGCAGAGGGCGCUAUAUGGAUACAACGAGCACUAUCACUCUCCAGAGUGUCGGGCGGUGAUGCACGUUACUUUCCAGAGGAGUGAACAUCUUGGCUUUACAAUAUAUCUUUUUCAAGUGUUUGAAAACUGCAUUUCAGGGAUAAAUGCAAUAAAUAAUAAUAUAUAUAUCAAUCUCCACAGAUCGAAGUUAUCGGCCGAUAUAUCGGUUCUCUUCCUAAUAUCGAUAUCGGCCCCAAAAAACCCCUAUCGGUCGGGCCCUUGUUUUUAAUGUGUUUGUUUUGUUCAGUCUCUUCGUUCUGUCACAUGAUUUGUACCGUCUCAGAUCCAAACGGCACCAUUUUUCAUCAAAUAAAUCGGAUUGGUUGAAAGUUAUUUUGAAAUUUGGGUCUCUACUUCGCAUUAAGGGGUCGUUGGGUCGUUGGUGGGUUCUGACGCUAGAAGGUUGAGAACCACUGCUCUACAGGAGUUAUCAUGGAAUUCGGUUAAUACGUCUGUGUGGGUAACAUUUCAAAGAUCUCCCCGUUGUUUUAUCCUCGUGUUAUUUAUUGUGAUAUUGUGAUUUUUUUUUGGUUUUUGUUGCAUAAUGUUGAGAUUUUUUGUGAUUGUGCUUAAAAAGGUGCACUCAACAGUUUGUCGAAAUUCUUCCUGUCAAACAUUCCCAACGGUUUACGUCUCCUUCCUCUGCUUUUAAGGAAGUUUGUGGUGAUGAACUGCUCAACUUUUAUUUCCUUUUUUUUUUGUCCCGACGCCUCAGAUUGCCUGCUAGACAGAGAUGAUGUGCAGUAUCUUCCAUGAAUGGCAUAACCAAAAUGUUUCAAUAAAAUAAAUAAAGUGAAGCAUUGUUGCAUCUUUAGAGAAAUUACGUGUAUUUUUAGAUAUGUUUGGACAACUGACGGAUUUCAUACUGGUUCCAUCUCACACUCAAAUGGUUACAGUCUGCUGGUUUACAAAGAAAUCAUGUUUGAUAUUCCAAAAAUAUUGAAACUAUGCAGCAUUGAUCCUGAAUACUGAACACUCUUUUUGUCGUCUGCCGUGGGAUUUAAGGAUAAAUGCUACAAGUGCAGUUUCAAGCAGAAGCAUGAGACUUCAAUGUACAGCAAGAAAAGAAUGUAUAAAGUAUAUAAAUAAAUCUAUAUAUUUGAAGAGCUUUGUUCCGAAAAUGACGCACACACCACGUGGAAACAGUGGUGAAGAAAUCCCCUAAAAUGGCGUCGACCGAUGAGACGUCAGAGCAGAAGUAGAGGAUGAUCGUGGGGAUCGGGGAAUGCAAUGUUUUCCAGGUGGACGUGUGUGAUGUUUUGGAAGGAAACCCUUCAUUUAUUUUUCACCCCAUGUCAUGUUACAUCUUUACACUGUGUGUGAGUUUGCCUAUGUUUGGUUUGUCAAAUAAAUGCAAACUUAUUUCUUCAUGAA